AUGGAAGCUAUUAAUAAUAACAACAAAGUUUGGUACGUCACUGGUACAAGCACCGGCAUUGGAUUGGAUUUAAUAGAAUUAUUAUUAAAUAAUGGUAAUAGGGUAACAGCUAUUACACGUUACCCAGAUCAAACUAUUGACGAGUUAAAGAAAAAGGAUACAAAGAAUUUAGAAAAGUUAUUGGCAAUUAAAACCGAUAUAACAAAUGAUGAAAGUGUAAAAGAAAGUGUAAAGAAAACCAUUGAAGUACACGGUAGAAUAGAUGUAGUUGUAAAUAAUAGUGGAUAUGGUUUUCUAGGUGCCGUGGAGGAAUUAUCAGCUGAUGAUGUUCAAAAGAUUUAUGCAGUAAAUGUAUUUGGUGUUUAUAAUGUAAUCAGACACACAGCCCCAUAUCUUAGAGAACAACGUUCUGGUUUAGUUUUAAAUAUUUCAUCAUAUUGUGGAUACUCAACUAUUGGUGGCAAAUAUUCAGCAUACGAAUCGACCAAACAUGCUAUUAAUGGGAUUUCAAAUUCACUUCAAAAAGAAUUAGAACCAUUCAAUGUAUCUGUAGUUUUAAUUGGGUUGGGUGGUAUCCGUACAAGUUUUUCAAGUGGUGGUAACUUUGCAGCAACCAAAAAUCCAAUCGAAGAAUACAAGACCAAUGAGCUUAUUGAGAUGAUUAAAAAGUAUUCACCAUUUGCCAAAGGUGAUCCAAUCAAAGUUGCUCAAACACUAUACAACCUAUCAAAUACUACUGGAAAAUUACCCUCAUCAUUGGAUUUUGGUUCAGAUUCCUAUCAAAUUGCUAAAGCAACUUAUGAAACAAGAUUAAAGGAACUAGAAGAAAAUCGUGAAUUAACUUUUUCUACCGAUAUUUAA